GUGUCGGGUGCUCAGGGAGCCGGAACCACAUGCCUGGAAACCCUGAGCCCCUGCCCGCCGCCGUCCAAGCCGGCCGGCUGCAGCGCAGUUUGUUUGCCGAGGUUUGCAUGCACAUAUUCAGUUGCCCUUUUUUUCCCCCAGUCCUUUCAGCCGUGUCCCGAAAUUCACCCCUAGUGUAACUUCUGCCUCUGCUCCUCCUCUUCUUGGAACUGCCUUUUGUUUGUCUGGCAGCGUUGGUUCUAUGGGGGUGUGUGAUGAUAAUAAUACGCGGGCUUAUAUAACCGUCUUCAUCUUGCGAGCACUUCGCAGACCGUCGCUAAUGAAUCUUGGGGCCGGUGUCGGGCCGGGGCGGCUUGAUCGGCAACUAGGAAACCCCAAGCGCAGAGGCCAGGAGCGAGGGCAGCGAGGAUCAGAGGCCAGGCCUUCCCGGCUGCCGGCGCUCCUCGGAGGUCAGGGCAGAUGAGGAACAUGACUCUCCCCCUUCGGAGGAGGAAGGAAGUCCCGCUGCCACCUUAUCUCUGCUCCUCUGCCUCCUCCCUGUUCCCAGAGCUUUUUCUCUAGAGAAGAUUUUGAAGGCGGCUUUUGUGCUGACGGCCACCCACCAUCAUCUAAAGAAGAUAAACUUAGCAAAUGACAUGCAGGUUCUUCGAGGCAGAAUAAUUGCAGAAAAUCUUCAAAGGACCCUAUCUGCAGAUGUUCUGAAUACCUCUGAGAAUAGAGAUUGAUUAUUCAACCAGGAUACCUAAUUCAAGAACUCCAGAAAUCAGGAGACGGAGACAUUUUGUCAGUUUUGCAACAUUGGACCAAAUACAAUGAAGUAUUCUUGCUGUGCUCUGGUUUUGGCUGUCCUGGGCACAGAAUUGCUGGGAAGCCUCUGUUCGACUGUCAGAUCCCCGAGGUUCAGAGGACGGAUACAGCAGGAACGAAAAAACAUCCGACCCAACAUUAUUCUUGUGCUUACCGAUGAUCAAGAUGUGGAGCUGGGGUCCCUGCAAGUCAUGAACAAAACGAGAAAGAUUAUGGAACAUGGGGGGGCCACCUUCAUCAAUGCCUUUGUGACUACACCCAUGUGCUGCCCAUCACGGUCCUCCAUGCUCACCGGGAAGUAUGUGCACAAUCAUAAUGUCUACACCAACAACGAGAACUGCUCUUCCCCCUCGUGGCAGGCCAUGCAUGAGCCUCGGACUUUUGCUGUAUAUCUUAACAACACUGGCUACAGAACAGCCUUUUUUGGAAAAUACCUCAAUGAAUAUAAUGGCAGCUACAUCCCCCCUGGGUGGCGAGAAUGGCUUGGAUUAAUCAAGAAUUCUCGCUUCUAUAAUUACACUGUUUGUCGCAAUGGCAUCAAAGAAAAGCAUGGAUUUGAUUAUGCAAAGGACUACUUCACAGACUUAAUCACUAACGAGAGCAUUAAUUACUUCAAAAUGUCUAAGAGAAUGUAUCCCCAUAGGCCCGUUAUGAUGGUGAUCAGCCACGCUGCGCCCCACGGCCCCGAGGACUCAGCCCCACAGUUUUCUAAACUGUACCCCAAUGCUUCCCAACACAUAACUCCUAGUUAUAACUAUGCACCAAAUAUGGAUAAACACUGGAUUAUGCAGUACACAGGACCAAUGCUGCCCAUCCACAUGGAAUUUACAAACAUUCUACAGCGCAAAAGGCUCCAGACUUUGAUGUCAGUGGAUGAUUCUGUGGAGAGGCUGUAUAACAUGCUCGUGGAGACGGGGGAGCUGGAGAAUACUUACAUCAUUUACACCGCCGACCAUGGUUACCAUAUUGGGCAGUUUGGACUGGUCAAGGGGAAAUCCAUGCCAUAUGACUUUGAUAUUCGUGUGCCUUUUUUUAUUCGUGGUCCAAGUGUAGAACCAGGAUCAAUAGUCCCGCAGAUCGUUCUCAACAUUGACUUGGCCCCCACGAUCCUGGAUAUUGCUGGGCUCGACACACCUCCUGAUGUGGACGGCAAGUCUGUCCUCAAACUUCUGGACCCAGAAAAGCCAGGUAACAGGUUUCGAACAAACAAGAAGGCCAAAAUUUGGCGUGAUACAUUCCUAGUGGAAAGAGGCAAAUUUCUACGUAAGAAGGAAGAAUCCAGCAAGAAUAUCCAACAGUCAAAUCACUUGCCCAAAUACGAACGGGUCAAAGAACUGUGCCAGCAGGCCAGGUACCAGACAGCCUGUGAACAACCGGGGCAGAAGUGGCAAUGCAUUGAGGAUACAUCUGGCAAGCUUCGAAUUCACAAGUGUAAAGGACCCAGUGACCUGCUCACAGUCCGGCAGAGCACGCGGAACCUCUACGCUCGCGGCUUCCAUGACAAAGACAAAGAGUGCAGUUGUAGGGAGUCUGGUUACCGUGCCAGCAGAAGCCAAAGAAAGAGUCAACGGCAAUUCUUGAGAAACCAGGGGACUCCAAAGUACAAGCCCAGAUUUGUCCAUACUCGGCAGACACGUUCCUUGUCGGUCGAAUUUGAAGGUGAAAUAUAUGACAUAAAUCUGGAAGAAGAAGAAUUGCAAGUGUUGCAACCAAGAAACAUUGCUAAGCGUCAUGAUGAAGGCCACAAGCGGCCAAGAGAUCUCCAGGCUUCCAGUGGUGGCAACAGGGGCGGGAUGCUGGCAGAUAGUAGCAACGCCGUGGGCCCACCUACCACUGUCCGAGUGACACACAAGUGUUUUAUUCUUCCCAAUGACUCUAUCCAUUGUGAGAGAGAACUGUACCAAUCGGCCAGAGCAUGGAAGGACCAUAAGGCGUACAUUGACAAAGAGAUUGAAGCUCUGCAAGAUAAAAUUAAGAAUUUAAGAGAAGUGAGAGGACAUCUGAAGAGAAGGAAGCCUGAGGAAUGUAGCUGCAGUAAACAAAGCUAUUACAAUAAAGAGAAAGGUGUAAAAAAGCAAGAGAAAUUAAAGAGCCAUCUUCACCCAUUCAAGGAGGCUGCUCAGGAAGUAGACAGCAAACUGCAACUUUUCAAGGAGAACCGUAGGAGGAAGAAGGAGAGGAAGGAGAAGAGACGGCAGAGGAAGGGGGAAGAGUGCAGCCUGCCUGGCCUCACUUGCUUCACGCAUGACAACAACCACUGGCAGACAGCCCCGUUCUGGAACCUGGGAUCUUUCUGUGCUUGCACGAGUUCUAACAAUAACACCUACUGGUGUUUGCGUACAGUUAAUGAGACGCAUAAUUUUCUUUUCUGUGAGUUUGCUACUGGCUUUUUGGAGUAUUUUGAUAUGAAUACAGAUCCUUAUCAGCUCACAAAUACAGUGCACACGGUAGAACGAGGCAUUUUGAAUCAGCUACACGUACAACUAAUGGAGCUCAGAAGCUGUCAAGGAUAUAAGCAGUGCAACCCAAGACCUAAGAAUCUUGAUGUUGGAAAUAAAGACGGAGGAAGCUAUGACCUACACAGGUAUUCACACUUUUUUAUUCUUCUCAGCAGCUUCUUCCCCAAUAAUUGCAUGAUCCAGUGGUUUCAACUAAUUUCUGUUUCUUACCGUGUUGCACAGAGCAAAGCUGGGGGUGCAUGCUUGUUCUAACAGCAUUCUCCACUAUGUUUUGUCAUUGAUCACAGAACUGUCAUUUUGCUUUUAAAUCAGCUCACUGUCCCAUCAAGAUGUUCCAGAGCAUUUACUUACUCCCAUGCUUGUUUGCUUGUUGGAUGAUGCUUCUAAGCAUGGAAUGAUGUGAAGGAAAAAAAACAGAAUGGCCUUUGGGAGCCCCGGGAAAGGGUGGGAGAUUUAUUUUCUUUGUGGUACUUACACAUUGAUUUGGUGGGGGAGCUUCAUGAAAAUGGGUUGGAGAUUUUUAUUAAAUAUAGCAUCAAAGGCACAAAAUGACUAAUGAGAAUUUUAAGAGCACUGUAAGGCCGAAGUUGAAGGAAACAAGGAAUUUCCUUGUUGAUGUUCAUUCAUUAACUUUGGUGGUGAAAAGCAGCAGCCGUAAGAUUCUGAAAGCUCUGCAGAGAGGUGGUGAAUAACGAGGAGGUGCUGGGAGUUGGCGACAGAGUACCGGGAGUCAAGACACUAGUAAAGGGCCACACACAGUGGCUCACACCUGUAAUCCUAGCACUAUGGGAGCCCAAGUGGGAGGAUUGCUUGAGUCCAGGAGUUUGAGACUAGCUUGGGCAACAAAGUGAGAUAAAAAAAAUUUUUAACUAGCCGGGUGUGGUGAUGCACACCUGUAGUCCCAGCUACUCAGCUACUCAAGAAGCUGAGGCAGGAGGAUCGCUUGAGCCCAGGAGGUUGAGGCUGCAGUGAGCUAUGAUAGUGACACCGACCUCCAGCCUGAGGGACAGAGAGAGACCCUGUCUCUAAAAAUAAAUAAAUAAAGACACUCAAUAGUGUCAACACAGCACCAAGACAACACACAAACAUUCCAUAAACAACCCUCAGCCCUGUCAUUUUAUGCCCCUCCAACCCUCAUCCAUCCCUCACUGUGCUCUGGAGGGGGGACACACGCUCCUGAUGGCCGUGUCACUUGGUCACCUGGCAAUAUUCGCCAUUGCUAAUUUUCUACUCUGAGCACAGACCUCAGGCAGGUCUGCCACCCGAAGCAGCUGGGCACUGUCCUUACCGCCUCUGCUGAGACAAAACUGAGGCACGGACGUUACCAGUACCCUAGUUAAUGUAUCCACUUGGGAGAAAAACAUCCGUCAAAGAAAUGUGAACUUAAUUGGUGCCAUCUAUAUUAAUAUCUUCUUUAUCUAUAUUAAUAUCUUCUUCAUCUGUAUUAAUAUCUUUAAAAUUAACAUCCCAAAGAAUGUUGCUGUUCCUGGUACCCUGUUCGGCCCCUCUAACCUCCAGAGCUAUGGUCUCAGAUGCUUCCUUUUAGAGAGUAGGUCAUUAGUCCACCAAGAAGCCAAAUGACAACAGGAAAGGUGAUGGGAAGAUGAAAACAAAGGAAGGUGGACUUUUGGAUAUAUGUUAUAGCCAUGUAUGUAUGUCUUCUUUUUUCUAUUUUCUCUUGUUCUUCAUCUUAACUGUCCUCAAUCUGCCCCACACCAACCCUGUGUCACUCCCAGCACACAUAAGACAGAGCAGAAGACCCCAUCCUUGAGCUGGUCUCCCCUGGGUAUGGGCUGAGGUAACAUCCCACACACCAGGACGAUCUUGCCUGCCUCCCAUUGGUCACAUUAAGACAUUUUCAAAGUGUAAUAUUAUAAAUGGACCUACCUCUAAAUAUUGACUUUACAGUUAUUUUAUGAGGCACUCAAUUUAUAGCUAAGGGAUUUUCAGUCUAGUGUCAUGAAAGAGAUAAAAGGGUGUUCACAGAUUAUUUAAGACAUAAGGCUGGUCAGGGAUGAGUCAGAGAGUCAUUCUCCAUGAAGUCACCCCUGGCCAACUUUGAAAGGAAGAAUGUUUAACUGCACUUUGGGUGUAAAUGACAAGCAUCUGGGACCCUCCCCUUCCCUGAUCCCUGCCACCACCACUCAAUCAGCCAGAUAAUCAAUUGUUUCUGAGGUCACUUUCACAUAAUCUUGGCAACUUUAGUUGUUGAAAGCAUGCAUGCAGGGGCAACAUGGUGUUACCUGUUGCUUUUUUUUUUUUUUUUCCUCCUAAGCUCCUUACCAGAGAGCAGAUCUAAGGAUACUGUGUAACUCAAAAUAACCGGCAUUUUCAGACUUUGCCAUUUCAUAGUCCAUAGGGCAAGCCAUCUUUCAGUGGAUAUCCACAUGGCGGGCAGGAAAUCUUGACAUUGGUUUCUCAGAAAAUAUCUGCCUAGUCACACCUGGGAAUUCACUAAACACCCAAAUGCAGUGUUUGAUGUGGCCUUACCUGCUCCUUGUAUCUUAUUGGAUUGAAUGAGAACAGAUGCAAAACAAGUAUGUACAGAAAUGCCAGGAAAACUACUGUCUUCCAAUGGGGUUCAACAGUUCAAAGCCCUCCAUUGAUGGAGCCACUUAGGAGGUUUCAGUGUCUUAAUUCUUUUAGAUUUUCAUAGUUUUAGAAAACUAAAAAAAAAACCAAGUUUUUAUCGUGAAAUUUGAUUACAAAAGACUUUGAGAGAAAUGAUAAGAACCAGAUCUGAAGAAUUUGAAAUUUGAAAAUUCAGCAGAGCAUUUUUUUAAAUGUAUCUUGUACAAGAUGAACUAAAUAAAUGUUUUUAAACUGCC